AUGAUGUUUGCCUUUUUCCAGUCAUCAGAAACUUUGCCCACUUACUGUAGUCUUUUGAAUGUGAUUGAAGGGAGCCUUGGAGAGACUCCAGUCAUCUCCCUUAGUACUUCUGCUCACAUCCCAACUACUCUCAUAGUCCUGGCAUCUAUGUCUUCCCAAGGAAGUUCUUCCAAUGAGAAGUGGAGAUUUCCUAUUUGGCCAGAAUGGAAUGAAGCAGAUAUCAAUGCAGAAAAAUGGGAUACUGGAAAAGCUGGAAAAGAGAAAGAAAAAAGUGGAAAAAGUCCCAUUGCACCUGGCUUUGAGGACCCUGAAGGGAAAAUAGAGUUGCCAGCAUCCUUAAAAGUACAUUCAUGGAAACGUCCACAUGAGUUUGUAACAAAUAAGGUUCCUGUGGUUGUCAAAAAUGAAACUUCAUUUGACCUUUUUUCAGCAAAUGAGCAUCUUUUUUGUAGUGAGCUGAUGAGAUGGAUUAUAACUGAAAUUCAUGCAGUCUGGAGGUUAUGUAAUGAAAAGGCCUUAACUAAUGGACCAUCCACACUUUUUUGGAAACCAUGGGAACACAUUUAUGCGUUAUGUAAAGCUACCAAGGGACACAUGCCACUAUACAAUAGCUAUGGAAAAUACGUAGUGAAACUGUAUUGGAUGGGAUGCUGGAGAAAGAUCACUGUGGAUGACACUAUGCCUUUCAGUGAAGAGGAUCAUUUGUUACUACCAGCUACAACCUGUCAAGCUGAACUUUGGCCAAUGUUGCUAUCCAAAGCUAUCAUUAAGCUGGCAAAUACUAGCAUAGAUGUAACCAGAAAAAGAGAGCUGGAGGAAUUUACAAUUCUACAGACCCUGACUGGAUGGAUACCAGAAGUUAUUCCUCUUCAGCCUGGAUACUUGGACAAAGUCUGGGGCCUUUUGAAAGAGAUUGUGCCAGAAUUCAAGUUUCCAGAUAAGAAAAUUCCAGAACCUGAUAUUCAUCAGUCAGAUACAAAACCUGAAAAGACCAAAGUUUUACAUGUGAAUAAGCAUUCAGAGAAACCCGAGAAAGCAGAUAAAAUUGGCAAAGAAAAAGCCGAGCAGAGAGAAGUUGGAAAGAAGAAAAUCAGAGAAGGAGAGAAAGCCAAAUUAACACGUCAGUCUUCACAUGCGUUGCCAGAAGACCAACAUUCUCCUCACCUCUUAACUGAAAAAUGUUCCAUACCAACCCAGCCAGAAAUGGCCGUGUAUGCUGCCUGUACUCCACUACAUUUGUUUGAAGAGGAUAGUUUUACGUUAAGGCAAAUGUCUGUUUCUUCAGAGAAGCUGAGGCAAAAUGGGCUUUCCCAUGUACAUAGCCAUCCUGUCCUGAUUACUAGAACUAGGUCCUGUCCUCUGGUAGCACCACCACAACGGCCACCAGUUCCUCCUUGGAAACUUUUCCGUCAGAAAAAGGAGACUGUUGUGACAUCUGAACCUCAAGAGCCUGUGGUAAAGAAACCUGAAGAAUAUAUUGAGAUUGCUAGCCUAUUUUUGAAUUACAAAUUGAAUCUUAUCACAAUACCCACAGACAUCCGCUUUCCACGGUCUACCAUCAAAAAAGGAUUUCAUUCCCUCUCCCGUCUCCCUUCUGUUACUGAAAGUGAUGAAAAUGUAAAUGACAGUAAUGUGGAUAUGAGUCAAAGUGAGAGACAUUCAAAUGCAGAAGAUUCUCAGGAGACAAACCUCUUUUCGGAGCAAAAUACGGAGACACUCAAUAAAAGAGAAUGUUAUGAGAAUAUCAGUUUUGAUGCAAAACGAAUGUCAGAAACAACUGAUACUGGUAUUAACAGCCAGACAGCGGAUAAAUCAAAGGAAGAAACAAAGUCAAAAAGGACUUCUGUUUCCAGGGAAACCUGGAUUAGCUUUGAAGACUUCUGUGUUUGUUUCCAGAACCUGUAUGUUUUCCACAAGCCACAUACAUAUGCUUAUAACUAUCAGAAGACAGAUUUUAAGUUUACUGAUGACCGAGUCUUCUAUUAUUUACUUGUGGACAGUCUGAUGCCCAUUGAAAUCCUGGUUGGUUUUUCUGCAGUGGUAUGCUGGGAUGAUGCUGGAGGUAAUAAACGAGAGUGUUCUAGUAUUUCAAAGGGCGUGCUGAUGGUUGAACAUUUCUCUUGGAAAUCUGUGACUCCUGGAGAACUUGUGUUAAAGGUGCAGACAUCUGCAACCAAAGCUACUCUGCUAAGACUUCCUGCUGGGCGACACAUACUGCUCUUCACAGUAAGUGGUCCCAUAGGGCACCAUAUUCAUCUGUGUAGCAUGGUGCCAUGUGUCUUUGGAGAUGAGGAUACUGUGAUGCCAGGUCUUGAAAAGGAGAGUUUCCGGUUUAUAGAACAGGCUACAGCUAUCCUGAAUGCUGUUGGAAAUGUGAUAAAUAAUUUCAGCAAUAAAGCUGAAUUUUCUAAAGCCUUGAAGAAGUUGGAACUAACUCAUUGUCCUCCUGGCCUCCACAGUACUGGAAUGGCUGAAGAACACUUCAAGGUUUUCAAUAGUGUGCUUUGGCAUUUGAUCAAAUAUGUGUUGGACAAGAAGUCUGCCAAGAGCUGUAAACUUGCCUUCAGGUCCCUCACUUUGGAUUUUAAAGACACUGAUGUUUCUGAAGAUGACACUGCAUCUUCAGAGAGUUGUGAGAAGAAUUCCCUUAGUAGCUGGCAGAACCGAACACCCACUUCUGAAGAAGAAGCAGCAGCUCUUACACUUCAAGCCAUCUGGAGAGGGACCUACGUUAGGAAAGUACUGAACAGCAGGAAACCAGGUACUGAGGAGAACACUAGGGUCAAAGAAACCUUGGAAAAAUUGUGGACUGCAAUUGAGCUAAAUUUUGAACAGUAUGCUGUAAUGCUCUUAAGAGAAAUGUUUAAUAGAAACUGUAAGUCAAUUGAAAAGUUUCCUUGCUAUGAAGAUGAAUGGUGUAAGAUGUCUUUCGCUGACUAUGCUGUAACAUACGCUGAUCAGCCACCAAAUGUGUGGUUUGUGGUUUUUAGAGAAAUAUUCACUGUUCCAGAAGACAUGCUUAUAGUGCCAAAGGUGUAUACCACUAUCCCUUGCAGUAGACUUCAUGUCAUUGAUAAUGACACACUGAAGGAAAUGCCACAUGUCUUUUUCAAAGUGACACCUCACAUUUAUCCAAAAAAUAAGAAAGGAUACACAUUUAUGGCUGAAGCACGUACUGGUGACCUACCUUUAGCAGCUGGAAAAUGGAGGCUUCGGCUCAUUGGUUCUCGUAGGCCACUCCCAUUUCUCAAUCGUGAGGCUGUAAAUAGUGUCUAUUCUACUAAAGAAAUUCAAGAGUAUUACAUACCCAAUAACAAGCAUGUAAUGUUCAGGUAUUUUGUGAAAGUCACAGCCUCACAUAUUGCUACAGUGCAGGCACAAACCUCUAAAUCAGAUGUGUUCAUUAAACUACAAGUCCUAGAUAAUGAGGAAGAAAUUGUGAGUGUCACUGGAAAGGGACAUGCAGUCAUCCCUGCUUUUAAUUUCUUGAGUAAUGAGACACUUUCAAGUUCCCAGGCAAGCAAAAGCCAGAUUAUUCAAAGUAGUACAAAGAAGGGACCAGAAACUGGAGGAUCCAAAAAAAAAAGUGUUUCAUCUUCAAAGGAUACUAAAGCUCCUCUCAAGCCAGAACUUGUACGAGAAGGUCCACCUAUACUGGAAGAUGAAUCUUCACUCUUGGAAAACUUUCAAAAUAAUGGUGGAAGCUCACAACAAUCUCACAAGUAUGUCGUACAAGCGUUGGUGCUAUAUAAUAGUUGGCCACUUACUGAGAGUCAGUCCCUGUUCGUUCAGGCACUGAAAGAAAUGGAGAAAAAUGAAAUCAAAGUACAUGGCGAAAAGCAUGAGGACCACAGCUUUCCCUUAAUGGUUAAUCAUUCUGAAGGACAAAAGUCUGCAAGUAUUCCUAAACCAACCAAAAAAUCAAAAGAUAAAGCAUCUGAGAAGACAGAAAAAGAGAAGUUCAAUAAAGAAGGAGGAUCACUUAUAUCUCUUGCGUAUCGACGUGAAUCUCAGCAAGCUGCUUCAAACAAACCAUACUGGACUUUACGUCUAGUUAGUGAACAGAGAGAAGCAGACGUUCUGGAGGUGAAGAAAGACACCCAGCGAGCAGAUAAGAUCAAAGCCAUGAAACAGGCAUGGGAGUCUGCAGAGCCAGGAAGAGCUGUCAAGGCUUUUCAGGAACGCAUGCGGUUUAUUAAUAAGUAUGCUGUGAGAGAUUCAGAGGAGCCCAUGGCUGGGUCUGAGACUGCCAGUUUAACAUCUAGUUCAAUAGAAGGAGAUUCUUUUACCAUAGGAAAGAAAUCAUCACAAACAAGUAUCGACUCAAGCUUCCAAAUGCAGCAAACAAAAUGGGAGCCUAUAGACCUUAGUCCUUAUAUGAGAAAAACAACGUCUGAGUCUGUGCUAAGAAAUGAGUCUGUCAUUCAACAGCAAAAGAUUCAUAAAGCGGAAAAAAUGAACCAUUUUAGGGACCUUCGAGAGCUGGCUUUGGAACAAAGAGAAAAAGAACGAAAUGCCAGAGCUUUAUUGAAGCACCAAAUACUUGAAAUGUAUGAGAAUCUGCAGGCAUCCUUAGAUGAGACCCGAGGCAGAAUUUACAGUAUUCGGGAAGCAUACAGAAGUAAGCUGCUAGCGGAAGAGCGCAGAAAACAAGAAGAGCUGGAGGUUCUUGAAGCAGCCCUGCAAGCAGAGCAAGGGAAGAAAAGCCCAAAUGCACAGAAAAAAAAACAAGGAACAGGUUUAGGGAAAAAAAAAUAAUUGCUAGCACUACUGAAUUAUAUUUAACAGUUUGGGAAAAGAAGUUUGCAUGCA